AAACUCUCCACAAGUGAAAAUGGAGGAGGAAGCAUCAAGCGGGUAUGCAUGGGAGGGCGCUUUGGAGCGCAGCUGGGACGUGAUCGAGGAAGAUGACUCGGGCAACCUCAAGAUCGACCAGGCCGUCAAGAAGCAGCAGCGCCAGCGCCGCCUGGAGAUCGCGCGCAAUGUACGCAAAGGACUGAUCCGCUACACGUACGUAGUGAUGGAUCUGUCACGCGGCAUGGCCACCAAAGACUGGAAGCCGCAUCGUCUGGCCUGUGCCAGCGAGGUGGUACAGCAGUUCGUCAAGGACUAUUUCGACCAAAACCCCAUUUCCCAGUUAGGUAUCAUCGGCAUCAAAGGCAUGACGGCCGAGAAGCUCAGCGACUUGUCUGGUAACCCCAAGACGCACAUCGAGCGCAUCGCUGCGGCGUUGGCUGUGGACAAGGAACCGUCACUGCAGAACGCGCUUGAUAUCGCUCGGAGCUCCCUAAAGACAGUGCCAGCCUAUGGCAGUCGGGAGGUCGUCGUGGUCUACGGCAACCUUGUGACUGCCGACCCGGGCGAUAUCUUCCAGACACUGGCGUCUCUUAAGCGAGAAAAUAUCCGCGUGUCGUUCAUAGGCAUCGGAGCCGAGAUGCACUUGCUGCGUCGUAUUGCGGAUGGCACGGACGGCACGUAUCACGUCGCGGUGGACGCCGACCACAUGAAAAGACUCAUGACAGCGUUCACGUUCCCGUCGCCGACUGUGGCGACGGCGGCCUCGCGCUUCGCCACGCUCGUAGAGAUGGGAUUUCCACAGCGUCGCAGUGGCGCGUUGUCGCUCUGUACUUGUCACCAAGCAUUCACUACGGUGGGGUAUCUGUGUCCACGCUGCAAGUCCAAGAGCUGCGACCUGCCGACCACUUGCCAAGUCUGCAACCUGCCGCUGGUAUCGUCGCCGCAUCUCGCACGGUCUUAUCAUCAUUUGUUUCCCGUUGCCAAGUUCACGCAGCAUUUACUACGGUCGGGCGUGACUGGAGAGAAGGGAGCGAAGGUGUCCCCCGAGUUGGUUCAGAAGAAAUGCUUUGGGUGUCUGUUGCCGCUCGGAUUGGACGGCGAAGGCGCCGCGUACGAGUGCACCACGUGCCAGAACGUCUUCUGCAGCGAGUGCGAUAUGUACGUGCACGACUCGCUGCACAACUGCCCAGGUUGUAGUUGAAAUCGAUGGUCCAGUACAUAAUUUGAGGCAGCGAAAUACACAAACGCAAGUUGCAUCCGGUCUCGACAUGUAAUUUAUGCAGAGACAACAUCUCGAUAAAUGGAUUGCUCGCAUCGGAGCCACUACGAUAGCAGCAGCGUCAGUGAACUGUAUCAUCACACGCCGAAUCG